AUGUCGCUUCUGCUAGAAGAAGAGGAUCUUUUCCCUCUGUCGUUCGCACAACACUCGCUCGCCACGCCCGCCUCGCCGCUACACAACGAUGAGCUCGACGCACUGAUAAACAUGCCACCGCCAGCGCUAUCGAACAGCCCGAAUCCCGGCUCGGAGCCGGACUACGACUGGCACUCGUACCAAGAUGAGAUCGGCCUGCACGUGAUCGCCGCAACCACAGACGAUGCUAUAUUCACGGUGGACACGGAACCGCUGGAGACGCCCUACAGGGCAGAGCUUGUCGUGCUCCCUCGGGAGCACGACCGGAAACUGCCGGACGAGACGGCGGACGAGUUUGCCGACGCGGCCCAGCACAACUACAGAUUGUGGCUUGCGUCGUUCUGA